GUAGCUCCGAACCUGCCGCGCAACGCUCGCUGCGAUUACGCACUGAGUCGCCUGCGUGACCGGUUGCUCCUCUGGCGACACAAGUCGACGACCUUGGCCGGCAAGGCCAUCAUAUUGCAAGCGGUCUGCCUCCCGGUCCUCUGGUACCAGCUAGCGUGGGUCGCACCGGACACCACGACGGCUGCAAUCAUCGACAAAAUGAUCCUCCAGUUCAUCAACGGCGAGCCGCCGGUCAUUGGCGCGGGUGCGCAAGGCCACCGGCUCCUCCAUCAAAGUAUUGUCUUCGCGCCAAAACACCAAGCUGGCCUCGGCCUCAAGCCGGCGCUUGUUACGUGGUCAGCGCGUCACCGUGGCCACUCGCUACGCUACAUGCAGGCCGCGCUCACGACGUCCCCGGUUCCGGCCUGGUCGUCGCCAAGCAUGGCUGUCGUUGCCAACGCAUACGCGCCGUGGGGCAACUUUGCCGACCUCGCCUUCGCCGACCCGUCGCUCCCCCGGAUCCGGCGCCUGCUUAAGUCAAAGGCAGUGCCCGACCGGUUCAAGUUCAUGCUCAAGUACUGGUUCGACAUUCGCGUGGGGCCGAGCACGCUUCCGGCGCCGUCGCCGCUGGUCCACGAACAACCGCUUUGGUCCAACCAGUUUCUCCCGGUAGAUAGCUGUAGUUACAUAGAAAAAGACCACAAGAUGGCACACUCGAUACGCCCGGACGAUGGCCAAGAU